CACAAUCACACUAUGUCAUGGUGAUGUUUCAAAUUUAGCCGCCGCCUAUUUAAAAUUAAUACAUGAAACUUUUUUUUCAAUUAUUUAGCCGCUUUCUAUUACAUGUAACUUUGGGAAAGACAAAGGUCGAUUGUAGAUGACAAUUUGGAGUUUGCGAAAGCCUUCGAUUUCAGCGAGAUUUUUAAGACAUUUUCUUGCGAAUAAAAUGGCCUAUAAGUUUUCCAUCGGUCUGGCUUUACUCGCUAUUCAAGUGGGUUGGUUAAAUCUCCCCUGGUUGUUGGCGUUUGGUGUUACACUAGGCAUUUAUCUGGCGUCUGGUGGGUGGAGAUUCGUUCGUUUGAUUUGGUUGACAUUUCCUCGAGAUUUUAGGUUUGUGUGGCUUAAAAAUUUGUUGAUGUUCAAUAUAAAUGGGGUGUGAAUGGGUUGCACUUCACUUUUAAUUAAGCUAUAUAGCUAGGUGAUGUGCAACCACUCCCACGGGAUUCAAAGGACAAAGAGGUUUUUGCCAUGUUGGAUGAUAUUUGCAUUGCAAACAAGCAAAAUCCUUUGUCAAUGUCAUCCAACAUGGCGACGGUGACGUAACUUGCACAUCACCUAUUAAAGUAUAAAUACAGUAGGCUUGUAAAGUACACGUCUUGGUCGGAAGUAACCCCCACCCUUAGGCCAAUUUAAAAAAUAGUCGGUGAUCCAUUUUAUUACAAAAAAACAAGUUGUCUAUGUUGACAUUUCAAAUUUUUGUGAGCUCCUCUGUAAAUGGGUCAUUCCACAAAACAUCCAUACCACCUCCACAGAGGAAAUUGGAAGUUAACCCCCCUACCCCCUUCGGAUGUCCUAAUACAUUUACUAUUAUCAGAAACAAUUUUUUCUCCUUCGGACGGCAGAAAUUUCCUCUGUGGGGGGAGUGUGGAUCUUUUCUGGAACGCCCCAAUGGUGCAUCACCACUCGACAUUGUAGAAGUCCAGACUUGUCUCCAGUCGUCCCUGUCAGCAUGUGCGAGUGACGCGUGGCGAGUUGGAAAGUGCACACAGGGGUGGAAAGGAAAGGAUGAAAUGAGGGUUUGCCCGAGUGUGCUCACAGAGACAACUGGGGACGAGUUGAGUAUUCCAAGUUAAUUUGGCAAGGAAAUUAUGCAAAAUUUAAAAUAAUGGGGUAGGUGCUAGGUUGGAGUUAUUUCCCACCAAAAGUGUUAUUUUCUGCUGGCUGAGGUAUGAAAGAAGCAGAAAAGUUUUCUCACACAAGGCUGGGAGCCCGAUUGUGAAUUGGGUGGUGCAGGUUAAGCCAGCAGGGCUGCAAAUUACUGGCAAAUGUCCGAGCAAAAGUAAUUUUGAUCGGACAUUGGUCCGAUCAAAAAAAUAUAUUGUCACAUUAUAUAAAUUUUUUUGCUGUGACAAAAUCCGAUUGCAAAUUCACUCAAUUUGCAUUUUGCAAGAAAAUUUACGAGGCAUUCUAGCAUUUUACCGUUGCGCCGGAAUGGCUAUACAUACUUGUCUCGUGACUUAUAUAUAUCUUGUGACGUAUAUAUAUGUCUGACCAAAUUCAUGUUAUGUCCGACGAAAAUUAAAAGUGAUCGGACAAAUGUCCUGUCAAGUCAAAUAUUUAUUUGCAGCCCAGAGCCAGCACAUGUUGUUGCUUCCGCAACGCUUAACAUAAAUCUCCACCUGUUAAUUAUAGACAUUUAGCUUGUUAGACGCCGUGGACGUUUAUGUAACUAAACAGUAACAAUAACUCCUCAGUAAUUUUUAUGUAAAAACAUAAUUAUGUUGCAGAGCUGUGCAUGAUUAGCUGUGCUAGCUGUUAUUGUGAAAUAAAAGUCAAGCUUGCGGAGGAUGACUGCAGCAGCUCCCAGCAGGGUGUGAGAAUGUGUACAUUACAAGCCCACUGUAUUUAUCGGCUAGACAGUGACAUAGGAUAAUUUAUAAUCAGAGAACCAACUACCAAGAUCCAAAAACGGGAAAAAAAACAUUACUUAUGUAAAUCAAUAAGAUGACAACAUACUUGUUUGACAAAUUUCAGGGGCUUAGUUGUUUUGUUGAAACUUAUGACCAAAGUUCGACAACAGAUACGUAACAACAUGACAAUGUGUGAUACUUUCCAACAAACAGCAGAAAAGCACAGGGAUAAAGUUGCUUUUAUAUUCGAGGACAAAUGUUGGACAUUUCAAGAAGUGGAAUAUUUUUCCAACAAAGUUGGGAAUUACUUUCAAAGUAUCGGUUACAAGAAAGGCGAUGUUGUUGCGUUAUUCAUGGAGAAUCGACCUGAAUUAGUGUUCUUUUGGCUUGGUCUAGCGAAAAUUGGUGUUAUUUCAUCGCUUGUCAAUUACAACUUAAGAAAAGAAUCCCUUGCUCAUUGUAUAUCAAUUGUUAAUGCCAAGGGUUUGGUUUAUUCGUCUGAUUCUGCUAUAGCCGGUAAGGAUCAAACAGUCUGUAUCAAAUAAUGAGCCAAUAAAUCAAUGAAGAAAUCAUUCAAUAGACCAUUUGAUACUUAGUCCAUCUAUAACCAUCCAGUCAAUCCAUAAAUCGUUCAAUUAAAUGGAAUCCGAAUUUGGGGAAAAAUUAUUCAAUUCAUAAAAUCAAUUACUUGAUAAAGCAUUCAAUUAAUCAGGAUUAUUCAAUUAAUUAUUUAAUGGAUCAAUAAACCAAUAAUUUAAUCAAUUAUUUAAUAAAUUAAUCAUCCAAUCAAUAAAUCAAUUGUUUAAUUCAUAAACCAAUAAUGUAACAAAUUAAUCAUUCCAAUCAAUAAAUGAAUCAUUCACUCAAUAAAUCAAUUGUUUAAUCAAUAAACCAAUAAUUUAAUCAAUUAUUUAAUAAACUAAUCAUCCAAUCAAUUGUUUAAUUCAUAAACCAAUAAUGUAACAAAUUAAUCAUUCCAAUCAAUAAAUGAAUCAUUCACUCAAUAAAUCAAUUGUUUAAUCAAUAAACCAAUAAUUUAAUCAAUUAUUUAAUAAACUAAUCAUCCAAUCAAUAAAUCAAUUGUUUAAUUCAUAAACCAAUAAUGUAACAAAUUAAUCAUUCCAAUCAAUAAAUGAAUCAUUCACUCAAUAAAUCAAUUGUUUAAUCAAUAAACCAAUAAUUCAAUAAAUCAAUUAUUUAAUCAAUAAAUCAAUCAUUUAACCCACUGAGCUGCAGAGCUUCCCCAUUGAUGAAUGAAUAGAACUGUCUUGCGUUAGACAAGUAAAAAAAAUAAGUAGGGCAUACUGCAUUGCAGCUCAAUGGGUUAACUAGAGACAUUGUCAGAUUUUUUGGUUAACCCAUUAAACUGCAGAGCUUCCCCCAUUGACGAAUAAAAUUGUCUGGCAUUAGACAAGUAAAAAAAAAUAGUAGAUGCACUGGGGUGCAUUGUGGCUCAAUGGGUUAAUCAACAAACCAGUAAUUUUAUCCAAUAAUUUAAUCAAUUUAUAAAUAAAUCAAUCAAUGAUUAACAAUUAAUUGGUCAAUCUUUCUUUCACUAGCUCAUUUAAACAGUCAUUAGCUCAAUUGAUGAAUCCAAUCAUUAAAAUUGAUUAGUUGAUGAAGAUAUGAUCAUUGUUGUGGGUUUUUCUUUGCUAGAUGCUGUUGCAGAUAUAUCGUCCAGUAUAAGUAACACAGAAUUAUUUGAAUUUGGUAAUGGAAGCUCAAAUGGACUCAAGUCUCAAAAUAUUUUAGAAAAAUUUAAAGUUUGUUCCGAAAAUCCACCAGCUUUACUCCAUGAGAAACGAUAUGAUGGUAAGACUGUUUGGAAAGAUAACAUAGUUAUGUGCUUGGUAUUUCAAACAUGGUGGCUCAUUGUAUAGGUAGUACUCUGCAAUAAGCUGUCAUGUUUGUGUCUGAACCAUUGAACUCUAUGCAUGUAAACUGGAAGGCUAAGUCAGGGUGGGGGGUGGGAUUGAAGCAGGGUGUUAGCCAGGAUUUCAAAAGUGGCCGUCCAAAAUAAUUUUGUGUGCGUGGUCACAUGUUUUUGGGCGUGGCCGCAAUUUUUUGUUGUUGUGGAAUUGUGGUGUUCUAUUCGUUGAACCUUUUUACUUUUAAUAGUUUUAGACGCACAUUUCCGUCAUUAAAUUAGUAAAAGCACACGUAUGGUAUGAACCGUAUGAUUACUACGAUGUACAGUAUAUGCCAUAAUGAAGAACACAUUACAGCAGUGUAGUGUUUAGUUAUUUUUUAUCAAUCGCCGAUAUUUUUCCCUUUUUUAUGCGUUUUGCUCAUUUUAUAGCCAUCUUUACCGUAACUGUAAGCACGUGGUGCUCCAGCGAUAAAGCGAUUACUGUUUUUAAAACAGCAGUUUCAAAUUAUUCUCAUUGAUACUUCAUGCGAGGAUCAUCAACAUGGUUACAAAAACAUUAUUACAUAAAUAUUACAAAGCUUGUAAAUUACUAUCUAAAGAAAAUAUUCCCUUAGGCCGUCCAUGACCGUCCAUUAAAAUUUAGCCGUUCGAAUUCAGAAGUGGCCGUCCGUAGGACGGUCGGACGACUGCCUGGCUAAAACCCUGGAUUGAAGCCAGUGCAUUUUAGUUUUUCUGAGUUAAAAUACUCAACACUGAACGUUUUGCUGUAUAUGGAACUGGAGCUAUUGAAAAGCACUAUUUGGUGUAGAAAUUUCAGGACUUUAGCUAAAAAGGAAGUAUUUAAAAACUACAAAAACAAUUGCUGAUAGUUUGCCAUUUUCUGGCUGAAUGGCAGUUUGUAUUUUUUAAGUCUUGAAAUUUCCACACCGAAUAGUAAUUUCCAAUAGUUUCAGUUUGAUAUACUGUAUAGCCCAACGUUUGGGAUCAAGUAUUUUCUGCUCAUACACUGUAACUCAAAAAACCAUUUUGGCUUUAGCAAAUCAUAGGCUUUUUUAUUAUAGGAGUUAGCCUUCCAGUUUACAUAGAGUUUACUGGUCUGAACUACCUGAAAAAGAUAUCUCAAAUGCGGUGGUCCAGUGUAGGUAGUAUUUUGCAAUAAGCUGCUGUGGUUUGUGUCUGAACUACCUGAAAAAGAUAUCUCAGGCAUGGUGGUCCAGUGUAGAUAGUAUUCUACAAUAAACUGCCAUGGUAAUUAAUUGUGUCUGAACUACCUGAAAAAGAUAUGGCUCAAACAUAGCUAGGUAGUAUUUGAGCAAAUUAUAGGGCCUUGAUCCAGAGGUUGUGUGUCAUACUUCAUACAUUUUAUUAUUAUUAUUUAUUAUUAUUUAUUACUGUCAUACAUUUUAUUAUUUUGUUUUUUCCAGAUAUCUUGUUCUAUAUCUACACAUCAGGAACAACAGGACUACCCAAAGCUUCUGUCAUAAAACAUACCAGGUAUCUGGGCUUGUGUAAUCAUCAUUUCAUCCUAAUUCAUUAUAAAUUCUGAAGUUUAAUACAUCAUACCAGUCAAUUAAAAGUUAAAAAGGAUUGAAAAUAUUCAAUGGAUAACACUAUCCUGCACAUAAUCCUGCCUCACAGACAUUUUUUAUGUUUGAUAACUAAUUCUGAAAAUUACACUGAUUGAAUAUCAACAUUUGAGUCAUAUCUUCAGUAGGGGGAUCGAGUUACUAUUUUAAAACUUUUAGGAUUAGGGAAAGGUUAGGAUUAAGAUCAGGGUUAGAGUAAGGGUUAGGUUUAGGGUUAGGAUUAAGUUAAAAUUACAAAGGAAUACAAAGUUACAAAAGUCUAAAAAUAGUAAUUCCCCUAAUUGAAUAUUUAAUAAUUCUAUAAUACCGAAAUUAGAGCGGAACAGAUGAGAACGGAAAUAUCCAUAUUGCCCGCAGUAUUAUUAUUAUUAUUAUUAUUAUUAUUAUAAAAUGAACUUUUUAAAGGUUUUUCCUCAUGUCUAUUGCCUGGGGUAUCGUACUGAAGUUAUCUCCUGCUGACGUAUUGUAUUGUGUAUUACCGCUGUACCACAGUAGUGGUGGUAUUCUGGGCGUUGGCAGUGUGAUUACAUGUGGAGUGACAGUGGUGGUUCGAAGAAAGUUCUCAGCCAGCCGCUUCUGGGACGAGUGCAUUAAAUACAAAGCAACGGUAUGUGAAAUAUACCUCAAUAUUAUACCUCAAAUUCAAAUUGUCCUAUGAAGAAACAGCAUUUGUACCACGUGAUGAUGUGAUUUUUUACGGUAUUUCACUCAAAUUCAUGAUUUCCCAAUGCAGCGUGAGAUACUAUAAUAUACCAUGGCAGAUCCACCGUGGGAUAUUUAUUAUUUAUAGACCUGGAGCGAGGGGGAUUCGGCGAAAUAUUACCCUCUGAUGAUAUUUCCCUCGGGGCUAUUACCCGAAGUGAUGAUAUUUCCCGAGGGGCUUUGCCCCGAGGGAAAUAUCAUCACUGAGCGGAGGGUCUAUAAAUCCUCCCGAGCGGAGGGUGUAUAAAUGAUAUAUUAUACCGAAAAUUAAAAGCCUCCAAGUUGAGAAUUAAAAACUUGACACAUACCUUCGUGAAUACGAUGUUUUAUUUUCGGAUUAACGCAAGUAUUGUCACUUUUCUUUCGAAUCACAUAUCGUUUGGAAUAUUAAUGACAAAGCCCCAGGUUUUAGGUUUGGAAAAGCCCCAGGUUUUAGGUUUAAAAUUGAAUUAUUCAUCACUCAUUAAUACUAUUUUUGUUUUGUCAUGCGUGUUGUCCCGCGUGGUCUACGCGAAUAAUGUUCCACCCCGGGUGGAACAUUGUCAAAAGGAACGCAGGCUCGCUAAUUGAUGACGUAAAGCGUGAUAUCGCGAUUAAUUUCAUGCUCACGUGGCACAAACUAAGCUUCCUGAUUGGACAAUUUGAAUUUGAGGUAUAAUAUUAUAGUAUAUCACGCUCACGCGUGAACACCACGCUCUGAAACAAUAUGGCGUUCGCGAGCUGUUGUUUGUAAAGUUCGUAUUUUCGUACAGAAGAUUUGAUUUAACAAACGAUUUUCAAGACGUAUGUUACCUUUAAUGAUCCAUGCUCAAGUAUUUUAAAGAGGAAACGUCCAAAACUCGGGUAUACAUAAGAAAUUAAAAAUUGUAUUCGCGUAGUUAAAUUAUAUUCAGCAAGUUUUAAAGUUUACUCUGAACUUAGUGAGUUCUUUAACUUUCGGUAUAAUACAUCAUUUAUAGACCCUCGUGAUGAUAUUUCAGUGAUGAUAUUUUCCUUGGGCAAAGCCCCUCGGAAAAUAUCAUCACUUCGGGAAAUAUUACGCCGAAUCCCCCUCGCUCCGACCCUAUAAAUGAUAAUAACACAAUCUUGAACUGUUUCUGUUUUCCCAAUAGUAUGAGAAACGUUUUGUUGGUAGAGAUGGAACUAUCUGAAAAAUACAAGGGGAUUUCGACCCUUCGUAACUCCAGACGUAGAAUUUCGACCCUUCGUAACUCGCUCGAAACGUCGAAAUGGGUGAUUUCAGCUAUAGUCUACAUUUCGAUCAAGGCAAGAAGAACGAAAUCCAACACCACAGCUAGAAAGAGCGUCUUAGAAUGAGUAGAACUGCAACGUUUGGUUGCUAAAUGUUGUAAAAUGAAGAAAAUAUAUUUUUGGGAAGUUCGCAAAUUUUAUAUGUAUUUGUAUUACGUGCGGUAAAAGUAACCACUUUCGGCUCAAAAAUGGUAUUUUCCCGCGCGUAAUGCAAAUAUAUACAAAAUUUGCGAACUUCACAGGGCUAUAUUUUCCUCAUUUUACAACAAUUUGCAACCAAACUUUGUAAUUUUACUCAUUUUAAGAUGCUCUUUCCAGCUAUGGUAAUGGUUUUCGUUCUUCUUGUUUAGAUCAAAAUUUCAUCUAUAUAGCUGGAAUCAUACAAUAGUAGUAUAUCGAAUACGCCUUUCAUUAGGAUUAUAUUAUAUACAUGAACUUGCGGUCAGAAUUCGACAACUGUAGCUCAGUUGCUUAGAGCGCUGCACCGGAAUCCUAGGGCCAAACCUAUCCAGCAUAAUUAAAGUUGGUAUAGUUUUUUUGUAUACUGUAGUCUUUCUUGUUAUGCUAGGGUGCACUUUACAUUGGUGAACUUUGUCGCUACUUGCUGGCACAACCUCCAAAAGAAAGCGACAAGAAACACUCGCUACGUUUUAUGAGCGGCAACGGACUUCGUCCUCAAAUUUGGAAUGAAUUCAAGAGUAGAUUUAAUGUUCCUUUUAUUGGUGAAUUUUACGGCGCAACUGAAAGCAAUAUUUCGCUCAUAAAUCUCGACUCUUAUCCGGGUGCAAUGGCAUUUCUGUCUGUUACCGUGCCGCAAGCUUUACCCAUUAGGGUUUUUAAAAUUGAUCUUUCAACGGGAGAGCUGGUUCGGGGACCCGAUGGAUUGUGUAUUCCAUGUAGUCCUGGGGAAAUUGGCCAAAUUGCUGGCAGAAUUGAGAAACGUGAGUAAACAGUACUUGGCGUCAGUGGUAAAGUGGUUAGCACUUUUGUCAUUCGCCUCUGGGGGGGGAUUGGUCAGAGCAAGCGCUUUUCACCUCUGAGAUUGUGGGCCCGAUCCUCACAUCGGACCAAUGACACUCAUGUGAAAAGAGUCUGUCAGCACUCUGCUGAAAGUCGUGGGUUUUCGCCGGGUACUCCGGUUUCCUCCCACUGGGAAUCUUGACAGGGUGGGUUGGGAUUAACCCCCUAACUGAGCCGUGAUCAGACACCCUUCCACCGAUCCGUGAUCAGAUGGAAGGUUAGUUCAGUUUAGGUUUCCUCUUGUAGUAACACUGAACCAAUAAGAUAUGAUCCUUACUGGAUCUCUAGGGAGAAGAGUUCAGAACUGAUAGGGCUAUUCAAUUUAAAUAAGCUUAGUUUAGUUUAGGUUUCCUCCUGUGGUAUAUAUAAUACUGGACUUGAGUUGCCUUUCACUGGACUACCCGGAAGAACAGUUUGGAACUAAUAUAGCUAUCCUGUCAAAACAGAUUUAGGUUUUCACAUUUCUAUCUCUAUUCAAAGGUAACGUCGCACGACAUUUUGAUGGCUAUGUAAAUAAACAAGCCUCUCAAAAGAAGAUCGCCCACGAUGUAAUGAAGAAAGAUGACCAGUGGUUUCUCAGUGGUGACUCAGUUUACUGGGACGAGUUAGGCUACCUCUACUUUCACGAUCGUCUUGGCGACACUUUCCGAUGGCGUGGCGAGAAUGUCUCGACUUCCGAAGUUGAGGCGGUAAUGGCAAAUGCCUUGGGUUUGAAUUCAGUGGUAGUGUAUGGAGUCGAGAUUCCCGGAUGUGAAGGCCGCGCCGGAAUGGCUGCGAUUGAAGAUCCUGAUGACGUCAUCAGUAUGGAGUUUGUCUCGAAAAAGCUACCGGACGUUUUACCCCCGUAUGCGAGACCGGUGUUCCUCAGGGUUACUAAUUCCGUAGACACGACUGGCACUUUCAAAUUCCAGAAAACAAGACUUCGGAAAGAAGGAUUUGAUCUAUCGCUGGUCAAAGACAAGUUGUUUUAUUUUGACUCGAAGUUGGCUGAGUACAGCGUUUUGACGAAGGAAAUUUAUGGAAAAUUUGUCGAUGGUGAAAUGCGGUUUUAAUGUGUUUUGAGAUCUGUAGUACCACAGAAUAAGGCACACAGAAGGCCGACUCGAGUAACCGCUGCCACGCCAUGAUUCAUCAUCAAAAUGCUGACGCCAUGGUCCUAGCCAGUGCGCGUUUGAGAGGCAUUCCUCCCCUGGACGUCCGCCAUUUUGAAUAUUAUCAGGGGGUGAAUGCCUCUCAAACGCGCACUGGCUAGGACCAUGGCGGGUUACGCCAAAAUCAUAGGAAAAACCAAGAAGUCGGCCUUCUGUGUACCCUAUUCUGUGGUAGUACUGUACGUAAAGUGUUGUGUUAUUUUUGGAUAUACUGUCGUAUAUUCUCGGCGUUUCAUGACGGCAGAAAGGUGGUCAACUUCACUGAAAACUCUUGAUGCUUAUAUAGGAGCAAGGACCUUUAACAGUAUUAAUAUUCAGGGUGCGAUAAUUCAAGAUUUUUAAUCGUACCUGACUGCUACUCCAAUGACUAUUGCAGCGUACUUGAGCUGGUAUAAACUUAAGACUCGAUGUGUACAUAAAGUACAGGUUUCUGAAAGACAUUCAUUCAGUGACUUCACACAACGAGUUAGAACAAGGAGCACAAUAGACCUUUCCCCUUAUGAGUGAAAUUUUGAUCUAGAUAUGCCUGGGCAACAAUUUCAUCGCAGCUUGAAAGAGCAUCACAAUAUUAGUAAUAUUCCGAAGUUUCGUUGCGAAAUGUUGUAAAAUGUGGAUAAUAUGGCUUUGCGAAGUUUGCCGUUUUUCAGUCAUUUUGUAUUACAUACUGGAAAUUGAUAAUCAGAUGAUCAAACUGAUGCAAAAUGUUAGAUUGUAAUGCAAAAUGACUAAAAAACGGCAAACUUCGCAAGGCUACAUUAUCCGCAUUUUACAACAUUUCGCAACGAAACUUCGGAAUAUUACUAAUUUUGUGAUGCUCUUUCAAGCUGUGAUGAAAUUGUUGCAGAGGCAUAUCUAGAUCAAAAUUUCACUCAUAAGGGGAAAGGUCUAUUAGCCAUUCCGAAGCUGCCUCCUCCGCAGGCCCUCGUUGCGUCAUGGGAAGGUCGCCAGAUUGUGUGUGACCUUCCCAUGACGCAACGAGGGCCUGCGGAGGAGGCAGAAGUUGAUGAGUGGACUGGGGCGAGUGUUAAAAAGUGCCCAAAUUUAGAAAUGAACCAAAUCACUAAAACGACCACCUCAAAAUUAGUAAGUAUACAAAGUUUGAAGACGUUUCCAUGAAUACCCUUCAAAUAAUAAGUGAAAUUACUGAUUAAAAGACUGUUUUUGGGAUCGCGCGUCCCCCAAAACAAAAAUUACAGUACAUUUCAUAGUAAAUAUCGCGAUUUUCGAAAGCUUGUUAUUCGAAGGGUAUUCAUGUAAACAUCUUCAAACUUUGUAUACUUACUAAUUUUCAGGUGGUCUUUUUAGUGAUUUGGUUCAUUUCUUAAUUUUGGCACUUUUUAACACUUGUCCUCUCAUCAACUUCGGAAUGGCUAAUUGCGUACACAAACACUACAAUUGACUCCAACAUUCCUUCGUCGCAUCAAUGCAAUCAUGUUUCACGCCAAGACAUGCAAUACUUUGGGCUUGGAAAGGUCACGUGAUACCAGCAAAAUAUAAGUACGCAGAUAGCAAGAGUUCCGCGUACCUACUACGUGAUACUUGGUUGAAAACAAAGAAGUACCAGACUGUAAUAUUCGGGCGUAUUUUAGGUACGUAAGUACACGAAUUAUCGCGCCCUGAUUAUUAUGUUAACAUUAUUUUCUCCGAUAAUUGCUCGUUGACCAUGCACCAUCUAAUGCACGACAGCGUUCAGUGGAAACCAUUUACAUUUCUUAGUCUGCUCGUUCAUUCAUAAAAAGGAUAACACAAUUUCAGAUUAGAUAGAUUUUUAACAAUAUGCAUUUGAAACACUUGAACAAUGAAUAGAAUUAAACGACAAUGCAAUAGUUUAGAUUAACAUUUUGACAGAGAAACAUGUAAAUUUAGAAAUCGUGA